ACAAAUGUAUUCUAGAUACAAAUUACGCCAAAUUAACAGCGCAAUAUAUGUGGAUUCAUCUUGUUCUGAAAAAGUUUAACAACAUGUUUAACAAGAUGUUAAAAGUUUAAGUGCGACGAUCUAUUUUAGUUCAGCACCUGCCGAUGUCCCUCCUCGGCCACCGUACAGAACGCAUGGCUGGCCGGGAUCAUGCUGAAGGUGACAGGGAGCAUCAUGACCGGAUCGCUGGCUCUUUUACCGCUGACAGUCUAUGCGAUGUCUGAGGAGGGGAAAAAGGACAUGCCACCCCCGCUGGCCCUGGAGGAACUGUCCCUGUACACCGCCUCCCGGCGGCACGAGCCGCCGCUGCAGCUGGAGCGCGAAGCGGGUCAGCUGGAGGAAAGUGUCGCUUCGCUGCGGAAGUUAGCGGCUCCGUACACCGGCUGGUGUCGCGACACUUACGGCCUAAUUAAACCCAAAGUUCAGCGAGUCGUCCAGGUCGGAGACUCCACCGUGGAGUACUUGAACAACGCACCGAAGGAUUUCUACCCGCGGGCAGCCAUCAUCGGCUUCACCGGUGUCAUCGGUCUCUUCCUGGCGAGAGGAUCCCGAGUGAAGAAGCUCCUGUACCCGGCCGCCCUGGUGACCCUCAGCGCUUCCCUGUAUUACCCGGAGCAGGCGGCCGCGAUCGCCAAGUCCACCGGGGAGUCAGUGUACGACGGAGCGGUGCAGAGUUACGCUGCUGCGGAGAAGCUAUGGAAGCCCGUGAGCAAACCCAAGUGAGGAAUCCACUGGGAACCGUGACGGUCCAUGACACCAGCUUCUGCUUUUUGCCUUCCGUUUUGCACAAAGCUUUACUUCAAAUAUCACUCAGGCCAGCAAGAACGUGCUGAAUGAAGGUUCCUGCUGCCCCUGUGAAUGUAUAUUUAUGUAGAAAAUAAAGCAUUUU